GGGGCACAGUCGCCAUGCGCAAGAAUCUUCAUGUGGUUUUCGAAAGUAUAUUCAGCGACGUUGAAAUUGCAUCGGCGUUAUAAAUGUGACAAUCAAUGCAAAUCCACCAGCACGGUUGGCUUCUCGCUUCUCGGCUGUUUGGUUAUGGACUAAGCCACGAUGGCGCAGCUGUACUACCGCAGAACAGAUAACUCAUCGUACCGGGACCGCAUCCCGCUGCGGAUAGUGCGCGCCGAGUCGGAGCUUUCAGCGCAGGAGAAGUCCUACCUCAGCGCAGUGGAGAAGGGAGACUAUGCCAGUGUGAAACAGUCGCUGGAAGAGGCGGAGAUCUACUUCAAGAUCAACAUCGACUGCGUCGAUCCUCUGGGGCGCACGGCGCUACUCAUCGCCAUUGAGAAUGAGAACUUGGAAAUCAUUGAGUUGCUCCUCAGCUUUAACGUGUAUGUCGGGGACGCGUUGCUCCACGCCAUUCGCAAAGAGGUGGUGGGCGCCGUGGAGCUCCUGUUGAACCACAAGAAGCCCAGUGGAGAGAAACAGGUGCCACCCCUACUCCUCGACAAACAGUUCUCCGACUUUACUCCAGACAUAACCCCCAUUAUCCUGGCUGCUCACACCAACAACUACGAGAUCAUCAAGAUGUUGGUUCAGAAAGGCGUGUCCGUCCCCCAGCCUCACGAGGUGCGCUGCAACUGUGUGGAGUGCGUCUCUAGCUCGGACGUAGACAGCCUGCGCCAUUCACGGUCUCGGCUGAACAUCUACAAAGCCCUUGCCAGCCCCUCUCUCAUCGCCCUGUCCAGCGAGGACCCCUUCCUCACCGCCUUCCAGCUCAGCUGGGAACUCCAGGAGCUCAGCAAAGUCGAAAAUGAGUUCAAAGCUGAAUACGAGGAGCUCUCCCGGCAGUGUAAAUGCUUUGCAAAAGAUCUGCUGGACCAGACCAGGUCCUCUCGCGAGCUGGAGCUGAUCCUGAACUUCCGGGAUGACAUCAACCUGCUGCAGGAUGAGCCCACCAAUGAGCUGGCUCGGCUGAAGCUGGCCAUCAAAUACCGGCAAAAAGAGUUCGUAGCACAACCAAAUUGCCAGCAGCUGUUGGCCUCGCGUUGGUAUGAUGAAUUUCCUGGCUGGAGGAGACGUCACUGGGCUGGCAAAUUCAUCACCUGUGUCUUCAUCGGCCUUCUCUUCCCUCUGCUCUCCCUGUGUUACCUGGUGGCACCCAAGAGCCGCUACGGCCUCUUUAUCCGCAAACCUUUCAUCAAAUUCAUCUGCCACACUGCCUCGUACCUGACCUUCCUUUUCCUGCUGCUGCUGGCCUCCCAACACAUAGUCUCCAAUAAUCCUGAUCGUCAGGGUCCAAAACCCACCACUGUGGAGUGGAUGAUUCUACCUUGGGUUCUAGGUUUCAUAUGGACAGAGAUCAAGCAGAUGUGGGACGGUGGGUUUCAGGACUACGUCCAUGAUUGGUGGAAUCUGAUGGACUUUGUGAUGAAUUCCUUGUAUCUAGCAACCAUCUCACUGAAGAUUGUUGCUUAUGUCAAGUACAGUGGUUGCAAACCGAGGGAAACUUGGGAAAUGUGGCAUCCGACACUGGUGGCUGAAGCUGUGUUUGCCAUUGCCAACAUCUUCAGCUCGCUACGCCUCAUCUCGCUCUUCACCGCAAACUCCCACCUAGGUCCCCUACAGAUUUCAUUGGGUCGAAUGCUUCUGGACAUUCUGAAGUUCCUUUUUAUCUACUGUCUGGUGCUUGUAGCCUUCGCCAAUGGACUUAAUCAGCUCUACUUCUAUUACGAGACCAGUGAUGGAAUGAGCUGCAAGGGUAUCCGCUGUGAACGUCAAAACAAUGCUUUCUCAACGCUAUUUGAGACCAUGCAGUCUUUGUUCUGGUCUAUUUUCGGGCUGAUCAGCCUGUAUGUGACCAAUGUGCAAGCCGAUCACAAGUUCACAGAGUUUGUGGGUGCCACCAUGUUUGGUACUUAUAACGUCAUCUCCUUGGUGGUGCUUCUCAACAUGCUCAUUGCCAUGAUGAACAAUUCUUAUCAACAUAUCGCUGACCAUGCUGAUAUUGAAUGGAAAUUUGCCAGAACAAAGUUAUGGAUGAGUUAUUUUGAGGAAGGAGGCACCCUACCACCACCUUUUAACAUCGUCGCCAGUCCUAAAUCCAUAUGUUACCUCAUCAGAUGGAUUAAGGUGCAUGUUUUCAAGAGGAAGUCAAAAAGGACUGAAACUUUUGGGACAUUAGGGAGAAGAGCUGCUGAAAAUGUGCGACUCAACAACCAAUACCAGGAGGUCUUGAGAAACUUGGUAAAGCGUUAUGUGGCCGCUAUGAUUCGAGACGCCAAGACAGAGGAGGGACUCACUGAGGAAAACUUUAAAGAGUUGAAGCAGGACAUAUCAAGCUUCCGCUAUGAAGUCAUAGGAAUGAUGAAGGGCAACCGGAAUAGUACUCAUGGAAAAAUGCUUGGCACGGAUGCUUCCUAUGCGUCUCAUUCAGACUGUUCAUUGCAAUAUUCUUCAGCUCUGCAGCAGACUAGUAAAGUAAAUGUAUGUGACGUUUCCACUAUUCAGCAACAAAAGUCAGAAGAUACAAGAGAGUCUCUCUGCUGUCUGGUCAAUGGCUCUGCACUGGCUUUGGCUGACACCACUACUAAAGAUAAAGCCAGAAAGGACUUCCCUAAGGAUUUCUCGGAUUUCGGGUUGUUCCAGAAGACUCAGAAACAAUCUGAUAUUUUCCUCAACCAAAAUAAAAUGUACUCGCUCGCUGAAGAGGUACGGGAAAUGGACUCUGACAUAUCAGACUGGAUAGGAGAGGAACCGGUUGAGAAGAGUCUGGCAGGAGAGAUUGAAAAAGACGAAAAUGAAUCAAAGUACCCGACGGUGGAUGAGGAGAGCGUGUUAGAAGAUCAAGAGAGAGAGCAUCUCCGGUCUCCACAUGAAAGCUAGAUGAACUCUUCCAUAUGUACUGUAAAUGAGGAUUAUCUAAAUCACAAAUCUAGGGGAUUUACAUUUUGAGAGAUGGAACAGUGUUCCUUUUUACGCACAGACGUGAAGUAAAGGUGGACAAAGUUGUCUGAUUUGCAGGAAGUUGAUAUUAAGAUACUUGUUUGACUGUUUUGGACUUGAGCCUUUGCAGGACGACAGAUACCGUGUGUAAAUGUCCUUGAGAAAGCACUGCAAAUUGUUUAAUUCUGUAAAAUAGUUUGCUUCAACUUGGAAAAUAUCAACUGAUCACAAUAAUUGUUUAACUUAAGCACUUUUUAGGGCUCAUAAAAUAUAUCAUUCCUUUUAUAUUAAUAUAAUAAAAUGUCAAAUGCGUUGAGAUGUUUAA